GAGACAUAAUAAAUCAACUUCCAAGUCCGUCGUUUCAUAAGAUAUUAAUUAUAUCUCACCUCAUACUGCUAUUCUCAUCCCUUCUUUGAAACAAAGGCAGUCUGCCUUUACUUUUACUUAAUUCGUACUUACAUUCUUUUAAUCAUCCGUAUUAUAGGAACAUACGUGUAAAUACUACCAGAGCUACUCUACAUCAUACAUCACCAAGAUGUAUCGACGGGGUCCGCCUAAAUCAACACCCGCGAGUGUCCAAUGCCAGAAAUGCCUUAAAAAAGGUCACUAUUCUUACGAAUGCAAGGCAUCGUCUCAAGAUAGGCCAUACGUUUCUAGGCCGUCUCGAACUCAGCAACUCUUCAACCCAAAGCUGGUUCCAAAAUUAGCCAGCGACGAGCCAAGCAUCCUUCAACAAAAGCAGAAAGGUGUAGCCGAUGAAGAGCUGGCCAAGAGAGAGGCCGAGAGGGCAAAGAAACGAGAGCUGGAAGAUGACGGCUCGGAUGACGAAUCCCCAAAGCGUAGGAGAUCAGCUUCUUAUGACUCCGUUUCCUCAAUUUCUACGAGGCGGUCAGCUUCGCCACCGCCGCGAGCUCGGCAAUCAUCUGUGGUUAACCCGGAUGUGCCUAAGAGAGGAAACGUAAGCCCUUCGCCCGUUAGACACGCCCCGCGGAGACAGUCCUACAGUUCCGCCAGCGACGAUGAGCGACGCUAUUCGCCAAGUCCUCAACGGCCAGCUAGGACUGGCAGCCCGUCAGAUAGACUAAGCCGGAGAUCAAGAUCACCGUCACGAGAUUCUAGUCCUGCAAGAAGCCGGCACGAUGUGAGAGACGAAUCGCCUAACCGAAGAAUUCCGGACAGUCGUCGCAGAAGGUACUCGUCAAGUCCUAGCAGAUCACCACCAGCACAUGAUCGACGACGAUUCCGCUCUAGAUCACCGGAUGAACCAAGAAGGCGUGGCAGAACGCCUCCACGAAAAUACGAUGAGGGUGCAGGUCGCAAUCCUGCACCGAGGUAUACAGAUGGCGGACGGAGACGAGGAGGAGCACCGCCGCGACGAGAACAACGGGAACGGAGUCUAAGUCCUUUCUCCAAGAGAUUAGCUCUGACACAGGCGAUGAACUCGGGUCGUUGAAGUUGAGUAGACCGAGAUUGGGUAUCAUAGUCUUAGGUCUUAAAUGAAAACCAAUUCUACUUAAGCUUG